UUUUGCUAUCAAUCCCAGAAUGCAUUGCGCCAUGUCGUCAGUUUUCAUAGUAAAUGGCAGUACGUGCGCUAGUUGGUUCUUUAGCGCUCGUCUUCCUCGCUAAUUCUUCGCCUGUCAAAAGGUCAAGUCCGCGCAGUUACGUUCGCGAGCCCGUUCUCGCGAUCGUUUGCUAAACGCCUGCUCGGCUGUUCGUUCACCCCGGCGGAGAAAUGGCUGAGGCUUCCCUACCGUCCUGCCGGUUUUUCUGCCACCGGUGUUCAGCAGAGAUAAGCCCGCGUUUACCGGACUUCACCUGUCCACGCUGUGAUUCUGGAUUUAUUGAGGAAUUGCCAGAUGACAGAAGAAGCGACGAUAGCUCCCCUUCUACAUCCUCCACAACUGAUCCAACGCAGACGCCCGUUCAGCCGACCACAAAUCACCAGCACUUGUUCACCUUCCCUUCUGGGUACAGUCCAUUCACUCUGGGGAUUUUCAAUGAAAACUUUGAACUCCGAACGUGGCUUCCCACAGAAGAUAACAGAGAGGCUGAAAUCCAGCGGGAACAAGAAAUGGCUUCGCAGCAACGAUACGGUGCGCAGCAACCGCGGGGUCGACAUGCGGCUCAGCGGCAGGGUACACGCCAUGAAGGAGUUCCCACCUUAGAGGGGAUUAUCCAGCAGCUUGUUAAUGGGAUCAUAGCACCAACAGCCAUGCCAAAUCUUGGAAUGGGACCAUGGGGUGUACUUCAUUCCAACCCAAUGGACUAUGCGUGGGGAGCCAAUGGACUGGAUGCCAUCAUAACACAGCUACUCAACCAGUUUGAAAACACGGGUCCCCCUCCAGCAGAUAGAGAGAGGAUAAAAAGUUUACCCACAGUCUCCAUCACAGAAGAACAUGUGGGCGCAGGUUUAGAGUGUCCCGUGUGCAAAGAAGAUUACGGCGUCGAGGAAAGCGUCAGACAGCUGCCGUGUAAUCAUUUGUUUCACAACGACUGCAUAGUCCCCUGGCUUGAGCAGCAUGAUACAUGCCCCGUGUGCAGGAAGAGUCUGAAUGGCCAGAACACAGCCACAAACCCACCAGGUUUAUCAGGGAUGAACUUCUCUCCCUCCUCCUCGUCCUCGUCCUCUUCCAACUCGCCAAGCAAUGAGAAUGCUUCUAGCAACUCAUAGAUUCUCCUUAUCACCCAAACUUCACGCUCUUAAGGAGUCUUCUCCACGGCGGACACAAGCACAGCUGCUAGUCUUUACUCUUACGGAGACGUAAGUUGACAUCUUAUUACUAAUCAUUCCUCCACUUUUGCUGACUGGCCGCUGGAUCCUCUUCGUCUUGCCGCUGCUGUUGCAGUAAUUGGGGACAUUCGCCUUCAAAGCGCCCUGACGGAUCCACCGGAACUGCAACAAUCGUAUAAGUAGGCUCUGCCGCGACGUUGGGGACACGUUUUUUCUAUUUAAAAGUCAUCGUUCUCUUUUUGUAACGUUGCCUGUAGUGGUGCAGAUGUGUAGGCGUCAAGUUAUCGGAACAACGCUGAGCCAAUGUACAGCAUAUGAAUCAGAGCUCGUGUAUGCUUCUGACUGAUUUAUUUAUUUGCACAUUUCCCCGUUUUUAAUUUUGCACUGUUUAGUAUUUUCACGAGACAUCAGUUGAACGAUUGAUUUCUUUUUUUUUCCCCUCUUAAGCAUUUUUGUAGGGUGCUUUUCCUGAACAGGUCCAGUCUGUGUGGUGGAAUUUUGGUGUUCAUUAGAUGAAUUUAUGAUGCAGUUAUUUUUAACUAAUGAGUGAGGAAAGGGGUGGGGGGCUCAAACCCUUUUUAUGUAUUGGUCUUAUGCCACCACUAGUAGGGCAUGUAAAACAAAACAAAUAAAUAAUUGAAUCUUCUUACCUCUGUGAAACUAGCCAAAAGUGUCAAUUAAUUAUAUUUUUAGUGAUUUUAGGUUUUUACAAUCACAAUAAAGUCAUUAAGAAAACAUUUUGCAAGAUUCAUUCAGUUAAAACUCCAGUAACAUGUUAGACUACAUGCAGUAAAAGGCUCACAACUUUUUAGACUGGUAAAUAGUAUCGACUAUCACCAGUAACUUUAUUUUGGGUGAGUAAAAUCCAUAUUUUGAAAUCUCAAGGUCAUUUGUGAUGAAUUGUCCUUUCACUUGUACUAGUUAAGCUUUUUGUUUUGGCCUGAGCCUCAAUGAGAAUGCUAUUCAUCUUAAAAUAAGCCUUUUAUUUUGACAAAUGACUUUACCGAGAAUGUGAAAUGUGCCAUAUAGUAUCUAGGUCAUUGCAGCUACCUUCAGCUUUCAGGUGCACCAUUAACGCUCUCGCUACCUCGCUAACACUUCAAGCUGCACUCCCAAUAGAAAAGUAUUGUCAGGAUAAACAUUUCCUUUCAGUCCGCCAUCUUAAUUCUAAUGCUAUCUAUGUUGCGGUGCUCUAACCCUUCAAGCAAAGGACUGAAUGCAAACUGCUUAGCAACACAAGUACACAGACAAUAUAACAGUACUCAGUCAAAUAUAGUUGAUCAUCUGUGAAUAAUUAAUAAUUGUGUUGUACUGAUGAUCUGAAAAGGAGCUGAUUGUCUCAUUGAACAGUACAUCCGUCCAUCUGGCUUUUACUGCCCUCAGGUGGCCAAGGCGGGUGCACCAGAUUGAGAUCAAUUGCCAUUCAAUUGAUGCAAUGUGACAAAUACUGUUUUUAAUUCUAUGUAAUACUGUCCCUACUAGAUUUUUUCAGAAAUACAAUAUUACGGAGUUUUUCCUCAUUAAAUUACACAUUGCAACAUUUUUUGUUGUUUUUCUUUCGGGGUCUGGAACGGAUUACUGACAUUUCUAUUCAUUUCAAUAGGAUAAAAUGAUUAGAGUUACACGUUUUGAGUUAUGAGCAUGAUCUUGGAAUACAUUUCUUAUCUCAAGUUUCCACUGUAAUAAGGAUUUUCACUAAAUAUGGUCUCGUAUAAACCCAAUUUGAAGUGCUCAGACUGCAAGUCAUGUUAAUUACUUUGACUGCAGUAAUGGUGCUCCCUGUAUUCGACCACUAGAGGGGACUAAACAGUCUUUAUGUGUCAAAGCGGAACAUGCAGGGACAUUGUUAUUGAAAUCACCCUUGUAAUACAGAACAAGGUGUCAACAUCCUCUAAAAAAUGUUGCCAAAAAAAAACUGAAUUCAAACAGACAAUAUACAUGCAUGCACAAUUCUAUACGGGUGUCGCUUUGGGUCAUUUCCCACAUUUGGGUGAACAAGGGAGAGUGCGCCAUUGGAUGAAUUCAACUGGUAAAGAGGAGCUUAAGCUAAUUCAGGUAAUGACAUCAAAUGCGGCUUGAGUGCUUAAUUAAAGGCAUCUUCGAAAUGCUGUGAAAGUAAACAAGAAGAUAUAGUUUGCACAAAGUCAUGACCAAUGGAAAGCAGUUUAAACAUUAAUUUGAUAUCCAGCUCAAGGACCACAGGUCUUCAGUAUGGGUUAGGGUCCCCACAAUUAAGACAAUUAAGUGCGCUAAAAGAAUGACUGUCAACAGUUUUUAACAUUCUUAACAUUUUAUUCCACUGCUUAGCCAGAUUUGGCUUAUUAAUACGCAGUUACACCCUAGCAGUACAUUUCUAAACUAGUAACAACACUACUUGGCACAACUAGUAGGAACGUGUCAUGUACUAGUAGGCUCUUGGACCCUGGUGGUAGUACUAUCAUAUCCACUAGUAGCAAUAGUAAGGCAUUUUUUCCAUAUUAGUACUACUAGCUGGUACAAAUAAUGUAUGUUUGAUCAUACUAGUACUACAGGUAAUGGGAACUGAGUCAUUAGGGCCAUGCCAAGCUGUGAUUUGCAAAGGCUGGUAUGUAUGUAACGGGUGCUUUUGUGGUAUGGGAGAAUAUUAUCAAAUUAUAUGAUGAAAUCCUUUAAAAUGUUACAGCGACUUAAAUGUUUUUCAAUCCACUGUGCA